GCCGCGCCCACGGCGCAUGCGCAGCGGUCACUCUGGCUCUAUAUUAGGGCCAAAGCGGCUGUGUCCCUAGGCUGCUAUAGUGGGCAAGGGCAUUGGUCCGUCCGUUUAGCGCCCUCCUCUCGAGUGCCCAUCGCUGCCCCGUCGAGAGCCCGCGCAGGAGCCAGCACCUUUGCGGACAUGGAGACUGUGGUUCGACGAUGCCCGUUCUUAUCUCGAGUUCCUCAGGCCUUUCUGCAGAAGGCAGGAAAAUCUCUCCUGUUCUAUGCUCAAAACUGCCCCAAGAUGAUGGAAGUUGGAGCCAAGCCAGCCCCUCGAACCCUGUCCACUUCAGCGGUACACUGCCAGCAGAUCAAAGAAACCCCUCCGGCCAAUGAGAAAGAGAAAACUGCCAAAGCCACAGUCCAGCAGGCUCCUGACGACUCCCAGCAGACUCCAGAUGGCACACAGCUCCCGUCUGGACACCUGUCACCCGCUACAAGCCAGGGCUCUGGGAGCAAGUGCCCUUUCCUGGCCGCACAGCUGAGCCAGACGGGCAGCAGUGUCUUCCGCAAGGCCAGCCUGGAGCUUCAGGAGGACGUGCAGGAAAUGCAUGCUGUGAGGAAAGAGGCUGCCCAAAGCUCCGUGACCCCCAAUGUGAUCAACAUGAAAGCUGAUGGAGAGGACCCGAGCCAGCUGCUGAAGAACUUCCAGGAUAUCAUGCGAAAGCAAAGGCCAGAACGAGUGUCUCAUCUUCUUCAGGAUAACUUGCCGAAAUCUGUUGCCACUUUUCAAUAUGAUCGUUUCUUUGAGAAGAAAAUUGAUGAGAAAAAAAACGACCAUACCUACCGAGUUUUUAAAACUGUGAACCGGAGAGCACAAAUCUUCCCCAUGGCAGAUGAUUACACAGAUUCCCUCAUCACCAAAAAGCAGGUGUCGGUCUGGUGCAGUAACGACUACCUGGGCAUGAGUCGCCACCCGCGCGUGUGUGGGGCAGUCCUGGAGACGGUGAAGCAGCACGGGGCCGGAGCUGGUGGAACCAGGAAUAUUUCUGGCACCAGCAAGUUCCACGUGGACCUGGAGCAGGAGCUGGCCGACCUCCAUGGCAAAGAUGCAUUUUGUGUCAGGACAAAUACUGGCUCCCUGGUACUUUCCAUAGUGAACAUUUUCAAGGCGUUGUCAGCAGGAAAAGGUCUGUUGUAUCUGUCCAGGAUGUUGCCUCUGUCACUAAGUAGCAUUUUUCUCAUGUCAGGCUGUGAAAUUUACUCUGAUUCUGGAAACCAUGCCUCCAUGAUCCAAGGGAUUCGCAACAGUCGAGUGCCAAAGUAUAUCUUCCGCCACAAUGAUGUCAAUCAUCUCAGAGAGCUGCUGCAAAGAUCUGACCCCUCAGUUCCCAAGAUUGUAGCAUUUGAAACUGUUCAUUCAAUGGACGGAGCAGUGUGCCCGCUGGAAGAGCUGUGUGAUGUGGCCCAUGAGUUUGGAGCAAUCACGUUUGUGGAUGAGGUCCACGCGGUGGGGCUGUAUGGGGCUCGAGGUGGAGGGAUUGGUGAUCGGGAUGGAGUCAUGGCAAAAAUGGACAUCAUUUCUGGGACACUUGGGAAGGCGUUCGGCUGUGUCGGAGGGUACAUUGCCAGCACAAGUUUGCUGAUCGACACCGUGCGCUCCUACGCUGCCGGCUUUAUUUUUACCACCUCCCUGCCUCCCAUGCUGCUGGCUGGAGCCCUGGAGUCUGUUCGGAUCCUGAAGAGUGCCGAGGGCCGCGCCCUUCGCCGCCAGCACCAGCGCAAUGUCAAGCUCAUGAGACAGAUGCUAAUGGACGCUGGCCUCCCGGUCAUCCACUGCCCCAGCCAUAUCAUCCCCGUGCGGGUCGCCGAUGCUGCUAAAAACACGGAAAUCUGUGACGAACUGAUGAGCAGGCACAACAUCUACGUCCAAGCCAUCAACUACCCAACGGUGCCACGCGGGGAGGAGCUCCUGCGGAUUGCCCCCACCCCGCACCACACACCGCAGAUGAUGAACUUCUUCCUCGAGAAGCUGCUGGUCACGUGGAAGCGAGUAGGGCUGGACCUGAAGCCCCAUUCGUCAGCAGAAUGCAACUUCUGCAGGAGGCCCUUGCACUUCGAAGUGAUGAGUGAAAGAGAAAAAGCCUACUUCUCAGGCAUGAGCAAGAUGGUGUCUGCCCAGGCCUGACUGUGACUCCAGUGACUCACCUAACCCCAGGCCAUUACCGUAUCCAAAUAGUAGCCAGAAUUGUCUUUAUAUGUGAAAUAAAUUAUAUAUUAAAUCUUAA